GAAAAAAAAAAAAACUGUGGAGAGAGAAAAACGAACGAGCACGAAGACGAAGCAGGAAACCAUUUUUACAAACUCCAAAAGCACCACGCACGGAUAUACAUAUACAUAUUCAUGCGUAUACACGCACGCACAUCUUAAUAUAUACAUUUUGGUAUUGCAUAAUAUUCCUGCUCCCAUACGAGAUUCAAACGCGUCUAUGGCUUCAUGUAAUUCUAGGGCAAGCGUGUUCCCUGCUCUGAAUUGAGGUCCCUUUUGCCAUCAAAACCUAACCCUAGGAUUCGCUGCGACAUUCCUGGAAGAUCCAUUUCUUGCCCUAGAUUGCAAUUCGAGCUUUAUAUUUCACAAUUCAGGCUUGCAUUAAUGGGAGGUGAGUAAUUGUUGCUGUUAAGCCGUUAGGGUGGUAAUGCAUGGAUGUGAUACAAGAUCUGUUCUUGUAGUCAAUGCCGAGGUUGAUUCGAUGGGAGGAGUUGGUAAUGAUACCAAAACCUCUCCACGGAGAGCAGCUAUUGAGAAAGUUCAAGAAGAACUUAGACAGGAGUAUGAUGUCCUAGAGGAAAGGAGAAGAGAAUUGGAAUUUCUUGAGAAAGGUGGUGAUCCAUUGGAGUUCAAAUUUGGAAGUGCUGUUUCAGUUAGUGUCCAGUCCACCUCACUAACUGAUCAACAGUUAGAUCAGUUUGUGACCAGUGAGGCCAAAGGCAGUUUUGCUUUCACUGCUUCACCUCAUGGGGAUUCUGUUGAAAGUAGUGGUAGACCUGGGGGUACUCAGCUUUGUGAACCAAAUAGUGCUGAUAACCUCAUGCUAUUUGAUGGUGAAAAUGAAUUCAUUGAAGGUGAGCGGACAUCUAGAUGUCCUGGUAGGACUAAUAUUGCUCCUUUGGAGCAAUCAACCCAGAUGGAUGGAAAUCAAAAUGCCAGAGAAUUAGGGGGUUCUGCAGCUCUUGGCGCUCCAAGAAAAGCGUAUAAGCGACGUAACAGGACCAGGCCUAGUCGUGAUGGCGCUAGAUCAAAUUCAAAUGAUGCCCUAACUCGUGGUGGGCGUGGCUUUUCUUUGCCCUCACAUGGUGGCCCCACUGAUUCAAAAGGAUUGGUCUCUGAUGCAGAAAAACAGUGGGACCAGAACAUCACUGGGCAGCCUAACAGUCCAAAUGGUGGCGUGACCUCCAAGACUUUACCUUCUAAUAAUCAGGUUAUGGUAGAGUUGGACAGUAUGAAGGCUGCCAAGCCAACGACUGACUUGGUGAAAGUUAACCAGCUUAAUGAUGUGCCAGAUGUUAUCUUUUCUACAGAUAUAAUAAAUAACCAAAAAGAUCAACAGUCAGAAGGUGUUGCUCAAGAAAUUCCUAUCGAGGUGGCUCCUGAAGGACCAGAAUUGUUGUCAGAAAAGGAGAAGCUGGGUUCUGGAGGUCUUGAAAGUAAGCCGUGUUCAGAUAAGGCAAAGGUUGAUGAUCUAGCUAGGUCCAGAAAGAUAAAUGGGUUUAGUAGUGCAAAGGGUGAUAGGAAAAGCUUAUCAAAUGAUGGUCAAAACAGCAGUGCAGCAUUGGCCACAAAGGCUUUAGAUUCAGAGUCAUCUUGCACUCAGACCAGUCUUAGUCUUGAUGAAAGGAAUGACACUGAAAUCUUUACUGACCGAAGAAAUUUAGACUCAACUGGAAACAUGAAGGAUCAAUCCUCUGUUCCUCAAAGGACGUCAGCUUUAGAAAGCGAUAUUGUUAAAGAUGUGAAAGAGAGCAAAGCUGAUGGAAUUUGUGGUUUUGUUAGUGAGGAAUGCAAUUCAUUGCAUAAGAAUCAUCAGGAGAAUGGAUUUGGACCAACACCAACAGAAGAAUUUGUUAGAAAUGAAUCUAGUUUGCAAAAUGAAAUAAAAGAUGAUGUUGUCAUUGAAGGGAAAGAAUCAAUUGGUCCUGCUGUAUCAGAAACUGAGGGGAAGCCUAGUGUUCCUAUAAGUGACAAUUCCAAAAAUCAAGAUGACAAUGUCUGCAAUGUUGACCAUCAGGGCUCUUUUGAUUCCUCUGUUCCACAUCCUUCAAAAGCUGCACCACUGGUUGGAAUUUCAACUGUUGCCCAUGAAGGACAACAAUCUGAGAUCAACAUAAAACUUGUUACUAAAGCUGAUGAAGAUUCAAUCUUGGAAGAGGCACGGAUCAUAGAGGCAAAGCGUAAGAGGAUCACAGAGUUAUCUGCUGUAACUACCCAAAUGGAGAGUCGCAGCAAAUCUCACUGGGAUUUUGUGCUUGAAGAGAUGGCAUGGCUGGCAAAUGAUUUUAUGCAGGAGCGUCUUUGGAAGAGAACAGCUGCUGCUCAAAUGUCUUACCGAGCUGCCUUUACCUCUCGGUUAAGAUUUCAAGAACUCAAUGACAGUUCAAAGCAAAAAAUGGUAGCUCACACCUUAGCAAAGGCUGUCAUGGAUUUUUGGCAUUCAGUGAAGGGAAACAAAAAAGUGGAGCUGCAAUGUCCUAGAAAAGCUUUUGGUCUCACAAUUCAGGAUUAUGCUAUGAGAUUUCUGAAGUGUAAUAACUUUGAUGUUCCGGACAGCCAGGCUGAAGCUCCUGCAACUCCAGAGAGAGUGUCUGACGUGGCAAUUGUGAACAUGUCCUGGGAAGACAAUUUGACAGAAGAAAAUCUCUUCUAUACUAUACCAUCUGGUGCAACUGAAACCUACCGAAAAUCUAUUGAAUCUCAUGUUCUGCAAUGUGAGAAAACUGGCACAAUCAUGCAAGAGGAAGUUGAGACAUCUGCUUGUGAUGCUGUUGCAGAUCCAGAAUUUCAAGAUUAUGCAUAUGAAGAAGAUGAGGGGGAAACAACAAUGUAUGAUAUGCCAGUUGCCUUUGAUGGUAACAAGUCUUCUAGAUUUUCACAAAAGAAGAGGAAAAAACAUUUGCGCACAUACAGUGGAAGAUCAUACGACAUAGGUGCUGAUUUGUCAUUCACUCAGUGCAUGGAAAAUAAAGUAGGGAGCCAACAAUCUGUGCCUCAGGCUAAACGCCACACCAGCAGUCUUAAUGUGUCCUUUCCAACAAAACGUGUUCGGACUUGUUAUCGGCAAAGAGUUCUUAGUCCUUUUAAUGCUGGAACAUCAGGUCUUCAGAUGUCUACAAAGACAGAUGCCUCUAGUGAAACCAGUUCAUUUCAAGAUGAUCAGAGUACUUUGCAUGGUGGAUCACAUGUGCCAAACAAUUUAGAGGUUGAAUCUCUAGGGAAAUUCGAGAAGCAUCUAAAGUUUGAUUCUGCUGAAGUAUCUAUGAAACCUAAAAAGAAGAAAAAAGCAAAGUUUCUGGGUUCAUAUGAACAGAGGUGGACUGCUGAUUCGAAUUUCAAAAAUGAACAGGGGGAUUAUUCCAGAAAGAGGUUAGAGAGUCAUCAAUUUGAGUCUAAUGGUGGCAGUGGUCUAUUUGGUCAGCACAUUCCAAAGAAACCAAAGAUAAUGAGGCAAUCACUGGAAAGUUCUUUUGAUAAUAUUUCUCCAAUUUCUGGAUCUGUCCCAUCCCCAGCUGCAUCCCAAAUGAGCAAUAUGCCCAGCUCCAAUAAAUUUACAAGAAUGCUUACUGGCCGUGAUUUAAGUAGGAAGGCUAAAAGUUUGAAGAUACCUGCUGGACAGCCUGGUUCAGGAAGUCAAUGGUCACCAUUUGAGGACCAGGCACUAGUUGUUUUGGUGCAUGACAUGGGUCCAAAUUGGGAACUUAUAAGUGAUGCUAUAAACAGCACUUUGCAAUUUAAGUGCAUAUACCGCAAACCUAAAGAAUGUAAAGAUCGCCAUAAAAUACUAAUGGAUAAAACUAAUGGUGAUGGGGCUGAUAGUGCUGAGGAUUCAGGAUCUUCUCAACCUUAUCCUUCAACAUUACCUGGCAUUCCCAAGGGGAGUGCUAGACAAUUGUUUCAGCGCUUGCAGGGGCCAGUGGAAGAGGAUGCUCUCAAAUCUCAUCUUGAGAAAAUCAUCUUGAUUGAGCGGAAAUAUCAGCUUCGCAAGACUCAGGGUGAUAACCAGGAUCAAAAACCAAUCCAGCAAGCUCACAGUUCUCAUAUAAAUGCUCUUUCACAAGCUGUUCCAAAUAGCCCGAAUGUUAUUUUGACGCCUCUGGACCUGUGUGAUGCACCUUCAUCUAGUCUGGACAAUCCUCCUCUUGGAUACCAAGGUCCACAUUCAAGUGGAUUAACUGUUUCAAGUCAGGGUGCUUUGGGGUCAAUGCCUCCUGCUUCUGGUGCAAAUUCUGCAACAAUGCAAGGGUCUCCAAAUGUGAUUCAUGGAAAUAACUUUCCGUCAUCUUCAAGUCCACUAAAUGCAGCUGUCAGGGAUGGUAAAUAUGCUAUAUCUAGAUCUGCAUCUAUACCAGUUGAUGAACAACAAAGAAUGCACCAUUAUAAUCAACUUCUACCUGGGAGAAACAUACCCAUUUCAUCUGCUCCUGGAGCUUUUCCAGGGCCUGAUCGUGGUGGUGUCCGCAUGCUACCCAGUGGAAAUAGCAUGGGGAUUAUCUGUGGCAUUAACAGAGGCAUGCCAACACCUAGGCCUGGCUUUCAGGGAAUUGCCUCACCAUCUAUGCUGAAUUCUGGGACUAUGACUUCUUCUGGUAUGGUAGCAAUGCCAAACCCUGUAAAUAUGCACUCUGGAGUAGGCUCUAGUCAGGGCAACUCAAUGUUGAGACCUCGCGAAAACUUGCAUAUGAUGCGGCCUACCCAAAAUCAAGAUACUCAGAGGCAGAUGAUGCUUGCUGAGCUUCAGAUUCAGGCCUCACAAGUAAACAGCCAAACAGUACCUCCAUUUGGGGGGUUAACUACCUCAUAUCCUAACCAGACUGCCUCUCCACAUGUUCCAACAUACCCACCUCAUCAUCAGCAGGCUCAAUCGCCACAUAUGCUUAGUCCUCACCAUUCUCAUGUUCAAGGUGCCAACCAUGCCACCAACUCACAGCAACAAACUUACGCAUUGCACUUGGCAAAAGAGAGGCAACUGCAACAGCGACUUAUGCAGCAAAAGCAGAAGUUUGGUUCGUCAAAUUCUUUGAUACCGCCUGUACAGCAACACCAACUCCCUGUAUCAUCCCCAUUGCAAAGUCCCCAACCACCUGUAUCACUUUCUCCUCUGACACCAACUUCCUCAGUUCCACAGAAUCAGCUGAAACAUCCUAUGUUGCCUCAUGGCCUUGCCCGAAGUGCUCAAAGUGGGGGCAGUGGUCCAACUAAUCAGUUGAACAAGCAACGGCCACAUCAGAUACAGCAACAGCAGCCACUCCAACAAACUAGCAGGAAUCACCCUCAGCAGCGGCAGCCGAAUGCUAAACUUUUGAAAGGAGUAGGGAGGGGGAACACACUGAUGAACCAGAACAUGCAGAUUGAUCCCUCUGUGUUGAAUGGAGUCUCUUCAAAUUCAGGGAUCCUAGCCUCAGAAAAAGGUGAUCAGAUGACAAACUCGAUGCAAAAUCAAGGAUUGUAUCCUGGGUCAGCAGUAAACCCUGCUCAGCCUACAAAAUCAUCCACAGCCCCUAAUUCUAAGAUGCAACAGCCUCAGCAAAAGAUAUAUUCUGGCCAAACUGCUUCAUCAACGAAUCCUCACCAACAGACUUCUCAUCCUGAUAAUAUGAGUAAAGGUCACGGUCUUCCAACUGCAUCAGGCUCAACAUCACCUGCUUGCCAUCAAUCUAUUCCAACGCCAGUCAUUAGUUCUUCCAAUCACCAACCUGUUCCACAUUCACAGCCUCUCGUGCAGACACAGAAAAAUUUAGUAAAUCAAAGUCAUCCUACUUCCAAGAGAAUGGUGCAACCAAGCCGCUUGAUGAACUCUGAACCAUUGAACAAGCUACAUGCUGGUGAAUCUCAGUUCAAUCAGCAUACUGCAAGCAACUCUUCUCCUAUUGGUACAAUGACAGCAACAGCUAGGGAGUGCAACAAUGCAACUAAUGCGGCACCUGUUGUUUCUUCUAAUGUUUCCCAGUGGAAGGCUGCUGAACCAUUAUUUGAUUCCAUAGGGUCUGUGCCAAAUACUGCUGCUGGUGGUGAGCAUUCUUCUCAAGUUGGCCAGGGGUUAAGACAGAAGCAAUCUUCAGGCAACUUGUCCCCUGCGGGGCAUGAUGCUAGCAUGCAAUGGAAGCAGCCCUCCCACUUGCAAACCCACUCACCUGUUCACCAACCACAGCAACAAUUGUAGCUUACACCCUGAAACAUUUUCCAGCAGCUGCAGGUUCUGCUCUGCAAUCAGGGAAUAGCAGUUGUAUGCCUGAUCCCAGUGAUUGUGGACUGGAUUGAUGUGCACUUGACAAGAUUGGAGGUAAUUCCAAUGGUGGCUGGUCAUACCCCUAAUUGGGUCGGCAUGCCUUCAAAAUCACAGUGUACAGGUGAAGUCCAGGUUUUGCUAGACUAGGGAUGUUGACAGGCAAACUCUUGGGUUUUGUAUAUUUUUUGCCCUUGAAUCUAAGGAAGAUAGUGCUAGAUAAAGAGGUAUGUGUACAGGGUAUCAUCUAUGUUUUUUUUUUAAACCUUUUUUUUUUUCCCAAAAUCCUUGGUUGCCCUAUUGUAUCUAUGUGGGCUCUUUUUUGCUUUGGCUUAUGUUAUCUCUGUAGUUGAUCCCAUGUAUUAUUGCUACUUUGAAUUGAGGGGUAGCUAUAAUUUCUAUAGCGAAAUGGUGUUGGAAAUUGUGAAUAUUAGUGUAUACUUUGUACUAUUGCGUAGCCAAGUAGUAAGUAGUAAUAGACUACUGGGAGCCAGCCAGCCAGGCUGUGCAUUUGUUGUAAAUUGUUAUGGUGAUUCUUCUUCUUCUUCUUCAUAUGGGAUGGAUGCGCGCAUGCUGCCAGCUUGCUUCAAUGUGCAUUUGACAAUAAAUAAUCAGCGAGAGAUUGAUUACGUUUCUUCUUUUAA